UAUGUGUCGGCCGAGUCUCCCAGCGAGCUUUCCAAACCCGGCCUCUCGGCCGCUGAUUCCAAAGCCUCCUUCGAGGCACACGUCAGAGAAAAGUUUAACAGGAUGGUAGAGGCCGUGGACAAAACGAUCGAGAAGCGGAUCGACAAGCUUACCAAAGAGCUGUCCCAGAAGACGGCGGAGCUGCUGGAGGUGCGGGCAGCUUUCGUGCAGCUGUCCCAGAAGAAGCAGGAGGUGCAGCGGCGAGAGCGGGCCCUGAGCAGGCAGGUGGAUGUGGCGGUGGAGAUGAUCGCAGCCUUGAAGCAGCGGCUCAGCGAGUCCGAGGAGGAGCUUCACCGCAAAGAGGAAGAAGUUGUUACUUUCAACCACUUCCUGGAAGAAGCAGCAGAAAAAGAAGUGCGGGGGAAAGCCAGGCUGCAGCACUUCAUCGAGAACCUGUUGCAGCGCGUGGAUCUGGCAGAGAGGCAGCUGGAAUAUUACCAAAGCCAGCAGAUGGUGUGCAACCACACUGACAUCAGCGAGCACGUGUUUACAGACAUUUCAUUAAAUAAGAAACCCAGAUGCCUGAGCCGAGGAAGUCAACACACUUCAUACAACAUCCCUGAUGCAAAGCCUCAUUCCUUUCAAAAAGGAAGGAUCUUGUUGAAAAAAGCAAAGGAUGAAAAAGCCAGCUUGCAGCCAGUGAAAUGCUUCUAUGAACCUGUUGAUUGCCCAAGAGAAAUAUGGAGAGCACAAAAGAAGGGUGAGCCAGUCUGCUCUGCCAGGAAAGUGAGUGCAAAAUCAAAGAUGGGUAAGAAGGCCAAGCCGCUAUAGGAAUGGUGAGCAGUGUACAGCAGCACGGGAACUUGGCUUCAACACAGCAAAUAUUGAAUGAAGUUAAUCAUCCUACUUUUUUCCUAUCCAUCUGGCCAUGCCAAAACAUAUCAGAUAUAAUAUAUAGAAAUAUAUACAUAUGGAAGUUUUAUAUUAUUUAGUUAUGCCAUUCCCUCUUUAUAUUAUUUAGUUAUGCCAUUCCCGCUAUAAAAGAAGUGACAUUUUAUUCAGUUUACAUGGAGGUUUUUCUAUUUAUUCCUGUAUUUAUUUAUUUAUUUAGUCAUUUAUAGAGCUUAUUUUAAAUGACUGCAGUUAUCUUGCUGGGCAGUACUGUGGCUGUAUGUUUAAUUAUUUUAGUGGCAGCAUGCUCUAACCAACUGGUAAAUUAUUUUCCAUCUGUGUUAUUCCUGAAGCUCAGAGGAAUCCAUUUAAUCGGCACCAAAAUAUUCAAUCUUCCAGCUUAGGUAGGUGUGAGAUCAGUGACUAACAGACAUACCCAGAUGCAAAAGGCCUACUCAAAGUCCCUUGAAGGCUGUUUGCAGCAUUAGAUUGCUACCCUGGGUUUCUGGCUAUAAGCACUUUUCCAUCUUUUAUUAAAUACACCAAACUCCUUGAUCCUGCUGGCAGCCAUGUUGUCUCUGGUCCAAGUGUGGGCUCCUCUGAGGUGUCCCACAGCAAGGAAUCCAGGAGCUGCCCCGACACUCACAGGCCAGACUGGGCCAGAGGAGGAGUUUCAGUGCCAAUGCCAGCAGCAGGAGAUCGGCUGUGGUGCAGCAAGUACAGGCUCAAGCAGUGUGGCACUGCCUGCCAUUGUGUUCAAUGUCUGUGCUUGGUCCCAGGCAUGAGAGGCCCAAAUAACCAUGAUUGUAACCCAAAUCCUUGACAUUUUUAUCUCUGAAGAAUCUUUACAGGGCUGAGAGAUCACUGACUUUGAACUAAGAACCCAAGUGCAAGGCAGUUGGAGAUGACUGCAGAACACAAAUGUGUGUGUUUACACUGGUUUGUGCCAAUUAAAAGGAUCCUUAUUUAUUAGAGAAUUUAUUUAUCAAGAUGACUUUUUUGUGUGUACAGUAUUUUGGUGACAUGAAUCCUCAUGCCAUGUUUACAGAUAUAAACAUCCUGAUGAUGUUACUGAUGAGAUUUGUUUUCUCAAGAAAGAAAGGAUAGAUGACACAGGUCUAUGUGAUUUAUUUUUUAAAUGCUCAUAACAGAUGUAAAUUGUUUAUGUGGAAGGUGAUUUUUACAGUAUGUGUACAAAGAUUUGUGAAAAAUGUUUUUCAUUUUUUAUAACUGUGUCUGUAAGCAGAACUGAGUAUAAAAAGACAGUGUAUCACUAUGAUUACUGCUGCAAUAAGCACCUGAGUUGCAAUAUUUUUAAAGCAGAAGAUGACCAAUCAGUCAGCUAGGAUCAGGUAACUACAGAUGUCAUACAUUUGUCAGUGUACAGAGCUCCCAGAAAGUAGCAGAGAGAAGAAAGAGUAUUAUUCCUCACUUUUAUUUUAAAUAGUGUAUAUGGAACAAUCAGAUGUAUGUUUAAAAGUUUCUCAACACUGUUUCAGUAGAAAGUCACAGUGUAAAACCAAUUCAGGUAUUUAGGUUGUAAUGAUAUUUCAAUAUUUAUUUAACUAUGUCACAAGGCCACACUUGGCUUCAUGCUAGGCAUUGUGUGUGGUGAAAAGGAAUUGUUCAUUGUGUUGCAUGGGCUUGGGUCAGAUUGUGUGUUACAACAACUUUUAUAGGCAAGCUAAAAUCGAACCAGUUUUUUGUAUUACUUCCCACAUCCUUCCACAAACCUGAAAAAAAGGACCCUCUUGGAAGAUAACAAAGGUGAACAUUAGAAAGAUAAUAAAGUAAAUAUAUAUUAAUUCAUUUCUUUAGCCACUUUACACUGAAAGAAUAUUUUUAUUUUUAAAUGCCUAUCUACUCUGUUAGUCACCAAAGUUAAGUGCAACUACUAUUUCACAAAUGAGAUGUUUAUUUUAUUAUUUAUCAUGCCAAAAUCUUGACUGUAAGUUUUCCUUUUGGGAGAGGAAGAGGAAAAGAGUAAGAGAAGUUGCAUGUUUUUAAACUUUUCAAAGCCUAAUUUACACUUACUUGCUAAACAAAUGCCAGUUUAGUUAAUUAGAAAGAAAUUGGAUUGUACUGUAAUCCCAGAUCAAAGUUUUUAGAAUAUAAACAUUCUAAUAAUAAAGAUAUAUUUCUCAGUUA